AUCAUUCUCACAAGCAGAAACUUUCUCUAAGCAUUCGAAAAUCGACACUGUGAAUCCGAAUCCACCAAACCCGAUUCUUCUAAUUUCCAAAUGCAAUUCUCUAAGAGAGCUGAUGCAAAUUCAAGCUUACGCGAUCAAAUCUCAUCAAGAAGAUAUUUCCUUCAACACUAAGCUGAUAAAUUUCUGCACUGAGUCCCCAACGGAGUCUUCAAUGUCAUACGCACGCCACUUGUUCGACGCAAUGUCUGAACCAGAUAUCGUCAUUUUUAAUUCUAUUGCUCGUGGGUAUUCUCGCUCCACGAAUCCUCGUGAGGUUCUCAAUCUCUUCGUUGAGAUCUUAGAAGAUGAUCUUUUACCUGACAACUACACUUUCCCGUCUCUUCUCAAAGCUUGUGCAGUAGAAAAGGCGUUAGAAGAAGGUAAACAGUUGCAUUGUUUGUCGAUGAAAUUAGGGGUUGAUGAUAAUGUAUAUGUUUGUCCUACGCUUAUUAAUAUGUACACUGAGUGUGAAGAUGUGGAUGCUGCUCGUUGUGUGUUUGAUCGGAUUGUUGAGCCGUGUGUUGUUUGUUACAAUGCUAUGAUCACGGGGUACGCGAGAAGAAACAGACCGAACGAGGCUUUAUCCUUGUUCCGUGAAAUGCAAGGUAAGAACUUGAAGCCGAAUGAGAUUACCCUUCUUAGUGUUCUGUCUUCUUGUGCUCUGUUGGGAUCGUUAGAUUUAGGGAAAUGGAUACAUGAGUAUGCUAAGAAACAUGGUUUUUGUAAGUAUGUGAAAGUAAACACAGCUUUGAUCGAUAUGUUUGCGAAAUGUGGUAGCUUGGAUGAUGCCGUGUCUCUAUUCGACAAGAUGAGGCAUAAAGAUACACAAGCUUGGUCAGCGAUGAUUGUAGCUUAUGCAAAUCACGGGCAAGCUGAUAAUUCCAUGUUAAUGUUUGAGAGAAUGAGAUCUGAAAAUGUUCAGCCUGAUGAGAUCACGUUUCUCGGUCUGUUAAACGCUUGCAGCCACACUGGUCUAGUGGAAGAAGGGCGCAAGUAUUUCUCACAGAUGGUUAACGAAUUCAAGAUUGUUCCGAGUAUUAAGCAUUAUGGUUCUAUGGUUGAUCUUCUAGGUAGAGCUGGACAUUUAGAAGAUGCGUAUAGAUUCAUUGACAAACUCCCGAUAAGUCCAACACCGAUGUUAUGGAGGAUUCUCUUAUCUGCUUGUAGUAGCCAUAACAAUUUGAAGCUAGCUGAAAAGGUUAGCGAAAGGAUCUUUGAGCUAGAUGAUUCACACGGUGGCGAUUACGUGAUCUUAUCAAAUCUAUACGCGAGAAACAAGAAAUGGGAAGAAGUAAAUUCUUUAAGAAAGGUAAUGAAGGAUCGAAAGGCGGUUAAAGUUCCCGGGUGUAGCUCGAUUGAGGUGAACAAUGUUGUUCAUGAGUUUUUCUCAGGGGAUGGUGUGAAGUCUGCAACCACAAAGCUUCACAGAGCAUUAGAUGAAAUGGUGAAAGAGCUAAAACUUGCAGGUUAUGUUCCUGAUACAUCAAUGGUGGUUCACGCUGAUAUGAGUGACCAAGAGAAAGAGAUUACGCUUAGGUAUCACAGCGAAAAGCUUGCGAUAGCAUUUGGGCUAUUGAAUACUCCUGCGGGAACAACGAUUCGGGUUGUGAAGAAUCUUAGGGUGUGUAGAGAUUGUCACAAUGCAGCUAAGUUGAUCUCUCUUAUAUUUGGUAGGAAAGUUGUUCUUAGAGAUGUUCAAAGUCUUCUCGUUAUCUUGCCUUCUGUCUUCUCUGCUUCUUCUUCCUCUGAAGAUUUCGAUUUCUUCUACUUCGUCCAACAAUGGCCAGGAUCAUACUGUGACACACAGAAGAAGUGUUGUUAUCCAACUACAGGCAAACCAGCUGCUGACUUUGGAAUUCAUGGUCUUUGGCCUAAUUACAAAGAUGGUACUUAUCCAUCUAACUGUGACGAGACUAAACCAUUCGAUAAAUCAACGAUAUCAGAUCUUUUAACAUCAAUGAAGAAGAGCUGGCCAACACUGGCUUGCCCGAGCGGUUCAGGUGAAGCGUUUUGGGAACAUGAAUGGGAGAAGCAUGGUACUUGCUCCGAAUCGGUUAUUGACCAACAUGAGUAUUUUCAAACCGCUCUUAACCUUAAACAGAAAACCAAUCUCCUUGGAGCUUUAACCAAAGCCGGGAUUAAUCCGGAUGGAAAAUCUUACUCUUUGGAGAGCAUAAGAGAUUCGAUAAAAGAGUCAAUUGGUUUCACUCCUUGGGUUGAGUGUAACAGAGAUGGUUCUGGUAAUAGCCAAUUGUACCAAGUCUAUCUUUGUGUUGACCGGUCUGGUUCCGGUUUAAUUGAAUGCCCGGUUUUCCCUCAUGGAAAAUGUGGAGCCGAGAUCGAAUUCCCUUCUUUUUAAUUUCACAGUCUCCUGAACCGAAACCGAUCUUUUGUUCAUGGAGAUUGGUUUGGUCAAAGAGAGAGUAUGUAAUAAAAUUUUAUGGGUUGU